CAGAACAACAUUCACUCCUGGUGGUCAAAGUCUUCACUGCAGUCCUCACCUGGUAAAUGCACACAGAGGGAGGGAGUCCGAGACCCUGGGGGAGGGAGCCUCCCUCCCUUCACUCCCCUCCACCUCCUCACAGACGGCAGCUCCACUCAUCAGCUCAGUGGCGCCCUCCCCGCUCGGCUCCUCACAGUGAUGACAACGGAGUCACAUUUCUGAGUUGGAGACAGAACUGAGCGGUUCCUUCUUCUUCGUCUUCUUCGUCUUCACCGCAGCGGACAUGAACGAGGUCAAGAUCGCAGUGCUGGGCAGUGAAGGCGUGGGGAAGUCAGCUCUGACCGUCCGCUUUCUCACCAGACGUUUUAUUGGCGAGUACUCCUCGUCCUCAGAGUGUGUGUAUAGGAAGUGUGUGUCGGUGGACGGGCGACAGGUGAACCUGGAGCUCUAUGACCCCUGCUCACAGGCCUGUGAGGGCAGGACCACUUUACACAACCUGCUUCACUGGGCAGAUGGAUUCAUUCUGCUCUAUGACAUCACUGACCGCUCCUCAUUCCUCACCGUCAAGGCCAUAAGUCACGUCAUCGGAGAGAGACGCCUGGGCUCAACUAAAAGGGACAUGGACUCGUUCAUGUUUUUGGUGGGCAACAAACAGGACCUGUGCCACAUGAGGGAGGUUCAACAUGAAGAGGGCCAGAACCUGGCCGCUGAACUCCACUGCCUUUUCUUUGAGCUGUCAGUUGCUGAGCACUACCAGGAGGUGGCGCACAUAUUCUCCAAGAUGGUGCGCAAAGCCAUCGCGACCAGAAAAGCCAAGGAGCGAAGACGACGCCCUAGCGGCUCCAAGUCCAUGGCGAAACUGAUCAACAAUGUCUUCGGCAAAAGGAGGAAAUCAGUGUAAAUCUGUGAUCGUUAACAUUGUUUACAUUUGUUUUGACUAGCCUUUGCGUUAGUACGAACUGACACACAGUACCGUGCAAAAUGUUAUGUUUUAAGUAGAAGUGUUAAUGAUUUGUUUUGUUUUUUAACCAAAAUGUAACGAUGUGGUGCAAAUGAACAGAAGAGAAACCUACGUCACAACAAUGUUGACUGCUGUCGUCCUUGGUCUACGAUUUUAAAACAACAGCACAAGUUCUGAUGGAACCUUGCAGGAAGAAUAUUCUAAACAUCUCCGAGAACCGUACGCUGGAAGGUUCCGGACACAUGGCUGUGGUUAGGGUCUGUUGACUCCAGGUGGGCCGGGUCUGUUGACGACCUCAGGCUCGAUCCCCAUCUGUGUGUUUUGACAGUGGGUUUAAAAUCUAAGUGAGACUGAAUAUUAGAAACAACUCAAAACUCUCACGCUAUCGCGAAGACGACCUAAUGUAAACCACCUGUAGGUCUACAUGGUGGCGUUAUUGUGGUUUCACCAGCAUGACCAUGGGGUGGCGUUAAGACAGACAUCGGAAUCACGUGGUGCAGCUAGAAGCUAAUCACACCGGAUGACAACAAAUGAUUACGUGAGAACCGUUAGCUUCAUACAUUAACAUCUUUAGGGCUAAUUUAAAGAGUCAUAAAUAAAGGAGUCACUGCCACUUUAAAACUUAGUCAAUACAACAAACAAACAUCGUGAUAUUAAAGUUAACAAUAUAAUUAUUGGAGCUACAGUACUAGAAUCACGGUAAAAGAAAAUGUCUCCUUUAGCCUAGCGGCUAAUUAGCAAUUUGCUUCAGGGGCGGAAACAUGCUAAUGUUUUAAUAACUUUUGUGAUUGGAACCAGAUUUAACGCAUUAAACACAAUAUAAAAAUAUUCUCUGAAUGAAUCUGCUCACCUUGUAUGAAAACGGGUCAUUUUCGAUGUUUUCGGGAUUGACAUCGACAGGUUCCUGUGGAAUUAAACCUGGACAGACGUUGUAUUUUGUUCAAAGCUGCAGGAUAACUACGCUAAUUGUUUCUCAUCUGGUUAUAUCUUAAAACGUUCGUCUUUGUCUCCAUCUUGUGCUCAGUCAGGAGAAGUGCAACCUCGGACACAAAUAUAAUAAAGAAAAAUCCAACAACCCAUAAAUCGACUAUUGUCUACAGCAAAUCAGUUAAAACACACAAACACAGUGGUUUCUUUCUUGAGAUUUAUUGUGCAAUUACAUUUUGAUGAGCAUUAGGAUUGGCUAACAUGAAGAUAAAGCUUGGAAACUGUACUUUAAAAAGUAUGCGAUAAAUGCAAAAGUCAAAAUCAUCAAGACACAUACAUAUAGCAUCACAUAGACUGUAUAUAUAAAUGUGAUUAUUU